AUGGCGGAGGCAGAGCUCCUCCAUCCCCAGGUGGGCAACGCCAGCCCUACGCGGCUCGUUGCGUUGGAUCCGCAGGCCCGGUUCGUGGAGGGCUCACAUGACGGCGGCGCGGGCGACCUCAGCCCGGCCCACAAGUCGAAAGCAAGGUGGCGGCGACAGAACUCGGACAUACUCGCCCAGCGUCGCGCCUCGAGGGCCGUCGGCGUGCUGGCGGCGAAGCCUCACCAAGACGGCCACCGGUCGUCGUGGCGCCGCUUCAGUCGCAAGGGGCAGGCGAAGAAGGACGAUGCCAGGCGGCGGCGCGAGGCCCAGGAGGACGGCGCGCGGGAGCCGAAGGGAAGCAAGGCGCGCUGGGAGACACCGACUUCAGAUUGGUGCCGGGAGGUCCUCCACCUCGAGAUGGUGGCCGCCACGUCCUCCGACGACCCCUGCCGCCGCGAGAGCGCGCCCGACGUGCUCCCCUGCGGCGACGCGGCAGGCGGGUGCCCCCUCGCGCGGGCCGGCAGGAGCUGCCAUGCGGCCGCCGCCUUCGCGGACGCACCCCAGGGAGGCGCCCAGCCAACUGGCCCGCUGGGCGCCGCCGCCGGCUGCGGCCCCGCGGCCGCACGGCCGCAGCCCUGCCCGCCGCCCGCGCCCGAGGGCCCGCCAAAGGCAGCCUGCGCCGGGACCGCGGGCGUGGCGGCCGGCGCCAGGGCGGGGAUCCUGCGCGAGUGCGGCCGAGCGGAAGGGGCCCCGUGCGUUCGGCGGUUGCCGCGGCCGCCCUGCGCGGACGCGGCGACGCAGUGCGACGCCGAGGACAUGGUGGAGCUCAUCUGGAAGAGCCAGCUCGGGAGGAAGCAGAACAUGGCCAAGCUGAAGGAGGGCGCGAACAUGGGCGCUCCAAUCCCCUACUCGGUGGCCGCGCACUUCAGCCUCUUCCUGGACCCCAGCUCGCUGGCGGAGGAGGCGUCGAGGCUCGACGACGCCCAGCUGGAUGCGCUCGCUGACCGCUUCCUGGGCGACCAAAUAGCUGGCGUGGCCAUCGUGCCCAAGGAGAGGAGGCGGCCGAGGCUGGUCCCGGGCAGACACGCGGUGGAGGCCUCUCUGCUCGCGCAGCGGGCACCGCAGUUCCGGACGCGCCUGCUGCUGUCCUCCCGGCGCCUCCUGCUGGGCUCGGCGCGCGGGGGCGGCCCGCCGCUGCACGGGCGCAGCCUCCUGCGGCUCGCGGACGAGCAGCCGGGCCGGUGGGCCCGGCUGGCCCACACGGCGCUCAACUUCGCCUGCCGCCUGAUCCAGGCGGGCGCCCUGCCGCGCGCACUCACCGCCGAGAUCGUCGAGGCCCUCGGCGAGCUCAGCCCCAUGGCGCUGGUGCUCGGGCUCUCCACCGUGCUGGGCCACGCGCCCAGCGCCGUCGGCGGCUGCGCCUCGGCGUGCCCGCCGCCGCCAGCACGGCCCGAGACGCUGCACGUCGGCCCGCCGCAGCGCAUCAGCCUCGCCGAGGCGGGGCGCGCGGCGACGGAGCCCGCGGCGGCGCGCGCUCCGGCGCCCACGCUGCUGGCCCGGACGCAGAGCACCCCGGCGGAGUUCUGGGUGGCCCGCCGGCACGUGGGCACCUCGCUGCGGCCCCAUGCCGCGGAGUCGCAGCAGCUGAAGUGGGGCGUGAGGGCGUGGGUGCACCACGACGCGAUGAUCACCCUGCCCGAUCAGAGGAAGGCCGCAGACACCAUACCCAUAGAGGUCGCGCCCCAGGACGUGCCGGCCUACUGGCGGUGCGCGGCCGGUGGCGAGCACUCGCCCGCGGAGCUCGAGGCCCGGGCGCGCCGGGCCGAGGAGGCCUUGUCGGCUGUAGCCGCCGCAGGUGCUGAAGGUACUGAGUAG